AUGUCUACAACCACUACAACCACAGAGACGCAGCGAAUUGUGCCUUUCAGCGUCGAGGCCAGCAAAUAUCCAGAGCCUCUUGCACUCUCCGGCGCGCUUGAUCAGUUUAAAUAUGAAGAGUCAACUCCCGUCAUUGGACGAGAAUACUCAGACGUCAAUCUAGUCGACGACAUCAUCAAUGCUAAGAACGCUGAUGAGUUAAUCCGCGAUCUCGCCAUCACAAUCUCGCAGAGAGGCGUUGUCUUCUUCCGCGCCCAGGACAAUCUCACAGACGAGCUCCAUAAAGCACUCGUCCACCGCCUCGGACAACUCUCUGGAAAACCAGCAGACUCAACACUGCAUAUCCAUCCUCUCCUCAACAGCACCAGCGAGUUUGGUGUAGGUGACAACGAAAUCAGCGUCAUCUCAUCUCAGGUUGAAUUCUUCCAGGAUCGUAUCAAGGAUAGAGAUGAUCGAAAGCAAGGCGCUGCCAGUUGGCAUAGUGAUAUCCAGUUUGAGCAGUACCCUGCAGAUUACACAAGUCUAAGACUCACCAAACUCCCAUCUGGCGGGGGCGAUACGCUGUGGGCGUCAGGGUAUGAGUUAUAUGACCGUUAUAGUGAUGCGUAUCAGAAGUUCUUUGAGGGUCUGACGGCCACUUACUCUGGAGACGGUUUUCUUCGCGCUAGGGAUGCCAGACCUGAUGUUUGGAAGGUUUACGAAGAACCAAGAGGUAACCCAGGGAAUAUCGGCGAUGCCCUCAAGGCUAUUCACCCCGUGGUGCGAACCAAUCCCGUCACAGGGUGGAAGUCCAUCUUUGCCAUCGGCAAUUUCCCCAAGAGGAUUAACGAGCUGAGCGAUCGUGAGAGCAAAGAGCUUCUGGAGUCUUUUUACGCGAGAAUCGAGCAGAACCAUGAUCUACAAGUUAGAUUCAGAUGGCGAAACCCGAACGAUAUUGCAUUUUGGGAUAAUCGCAGUGCUUUCCAUACCGCGACAAAUGACUAUGAUGGUCUGGGCGAGCGGACAGGCCAUCGGGCUGUUGGAAUUGGCGAGAAGCCUUUUCUCAACCCUGAUAGUCUGUCGAGGUCGGAGGCUUUGAGAAAGAAAUAG